AUGGCGGCUCUGAUCUCCUGCCUCGCGCGAACGGCGCGUCGCCGCCGGCUGCGAUUCAUUCUGGUCGCGAUCUCGCUCGUGCUGCUACUGAAGCUGAGCCAUGCGCGCCGCCGCCGCCGCCUCGCAAUCUACCUGCAGACGAUCUCGUCGUCGUCGAGCACAAUGCGGGCGGCCUCCGGCCUCGCGAGGCGGGCGGCCGCGGCGGUCGGGAUCGCCCGGAGCGGGCGCGCUGGCGGUCUCGGCAUCGCAAGGAUCGACAGCGAGUCACGCCUGCUGGGAGCGCCGCGCCGCCGCGACCCGGGCACGCUGGUGCUCCAGGUCGCGCUCUCGUCGCUCGUCGUGCGCAACCUGCAGCCGCCCGCGCUGCCUCUGCUGCGGCUUGCGCGUAGCUUCGCCACGACGCUCGGCCUCGCCUCUGAGCCUCCGCCGCCGUUCGUCGAGGGCGUCUUCCGCUUCGAGGACUCGGUCAGCCUCGCCGCCCUCGAGCAGGAGCGGCUGCGCAUCGUCUGCUACUGCGGAGGCGCAGAGGCGGGCCGCCUGUCCCUCCCGCUCGAGGCGGUCGUGUGCGGCCCCGCGCUCAACGACCACAGGCUGCUCUCGCCGUUUGGCGAGCCGAGCGGCGGCCGCAUCGCCUUCCAGUGCCGCGUGUCGGAGCAGCGCGAGUGGCGCCUCUCCUUCUCCGUCCUCUCGCUGCGGCUCCUCUCCGAUGCACACGAGGCGCUCGCGCUCGACAGCGGCGGCGGCCCCGUCCUCUUCAGCCUCUCGUACACCUUCACCUCCGGCUCAACCUCUGGCACCUCGAUCGAGUCGAGCUGGCACUCUCCCACCACCCGCCUGAAGAUGCCGCGCCGCGACGGCACCGAGCUUCUCUGGCGCGCGCAGCCGCCCACCGCCGACGCCGACGGCAGCCCGCCCUCGGCCGGCGUCCGCGCCGCGCGCCCCGACGAGCUGCCGGCCAUCGAGCACCACGGCGCCUUUUGGGAGCUCCGGCACGGCGCGCUGCGCAUCGAGCUCACCUGGCACCGCGCGGACCACGUCAAGGCGCAAGGGCGCCGCGCACGCGCGUCGAGCCGGCGGGCGGGCGCAGAGGGCGGGCCGGACGACGCCCGGUGGCACCAGUCGCAGAGCGCCGCCGCCGUUGCGCGCGCGCUUCCACCGCCGCCGACACGCUCCAACUCGUCGUCGGCGGCGGCCAACGCGGCGGGCGAGGGUGAUCUCGCCCGCCGCUCGCACCGCGAGGACGGGCGCACGGCCAAGGCGUGGGUGGUCAUGGAGAAGGCCUUUGCGCAGCUUCCGGAGAGCUCAGACUUGCGCCGCCGCCGCCGCGCCCACCGCCUCGUCCGCGUCCCUUCGGACGAGGGAGUCGCCGAGGCGUCCUGCAGCUCCGCGCCCGAAGACCUCUACCUCAACGGCAAAGUGGUCGGCGUCUGCGAGGGGCAGAUGCAGCUGCUCGAGCAGCCGAGCGUCGUCCAGCAGGCGUAUGGCACCCUCACGGAGGCGGGCACGCAGUUCGCCGCCCCCGUCGUCCUCGGCUCCUCUGCCGGCCGGCGGAGGCGCGUCGGCGUCGCCGGAUCCCUGCUCGAGGCCCGCCGGCUCGCCGCGCUCUGCGACGGCCUCUCGCGCGCCCUCGCAAGGGACGACGUUCUCGUUCGCGAGCGGGUGGUGGCCGAGCUCAGCGACUUGCUCGCCGUGUCGCACAAGCGCGGCGGGCACGCGUCGUUCGUCUUCGACUCGUCGGCCGACCUCGCCGCUUGCCGCGAGACGAUGUUCGACCUCUGGGAGCUGCUGCUCCGCUCGCUCGAGGCGGGCGCGCUCCGCUUCGACGCGCGCACGCAGGCGUACGACUUGCUGCGCACCCUCUCGCACGUCCUCGUCGCCUUCGACGACCUCGCCUCUGUCGAGCACUCGGACCACCUCCUCGGCGUCUGCGCGCGCCUCAUGGCCAUGUCCUACUUCCGGCUCCCCGCCUUUGCGUCGGCGCUGAUCGAGACGCUGCACGCCGAGGACUGGCUGGACGUGGUCAUCGACUCGCUCGGGCCGACGGUGCCGCCCCACUUUUUCGCGUGGCCGCGGCUCCCCGGCUUCACCACGCUGCUCACGUGCACGCUGCUCGAGAUGUCGGCCCGCCCGCCGCCGCUGCUCGCGGAGCCGCUGGUGCAGCUCUCCAACCAGCUCCUCCGCUGCACGCACCUCCACUCGGUGCUCGUCAAGAUCGUCUUCCACCGCUGCUCGGUCCACGACGUGCGCGCGGUCUCCACGACGCUCAACCUGAUGAACAGCUGGAUGACUGCGCUCCUCCACCGGCUGCAAGAGGACCGCAUGCGCCCCGCCGACGCGGCGCCCCUCUCCCAGCCGCUGCUGCGCUCGACCUUCGAUUUCGCCUUCUUCUUCCGCGGCAUGGCCGUGCUCUUCGACUCGGAGCACGUGCAGGUGCUGCUCAAGGCGUGCGAGUUCCUCUACCGCCACUUCGACCUCCUCCCCGACCACCAGGCGGACAAGAUGCGGACCACCAUGCUGCGCGGCUGUCUGACGCGCCUGCAGCUCCACUGGUCGGCCGAGGUGCGCUCCUUCUUCGCCCACCUCCUCGUGCUGCGCCUCGAGCAGCCGUGCGCCUGGGCCGUGCCCCGCCUGCCAUCCGAGCCGGCGCCCGCGCCGGUCGAGCCCGCCAUCGUGCGCCAGUUCGAGGCGGCGGCCGCACGCCUCGCCUCCCUAGCGGUGCAAGCGCUCCCCGCAGAGCGCGCGCAGGAGCGCCGUGAGCAGCGGGGCCGGCCAGAGCAACCGGACGAGGGGCGGCAGCUGCAGCAGCUGCAGCCAUACGCCGCGGCGGCGCUCGCCCUCUACGAGCAGCUCACUGCGGUGCGCCGCGACAUGCAGCGCGACCUCUCGCUGUGGUCGCGCGGCGCCUCGAGCGCCGCGCCGCCGUCGCUGCCGACGCUCAAGUGCGACACUUCGGUGCUCGACUUGGAGGAGGACCGCGUCAUAUGGGUACGAGAGUCCGAACUGGGCAAGGGUAUCGUCUUCGAUUGA